AUGCUUUUAAAUCCACAGCUUAUACUGAAGACUUGAGAAGUCUGUAUAUUGCAAAUUAUGCUACAAAUUUACAGUAUAUCAAGAUGCUGUCGCAGCGUUCAUUUUGGAGUAAAUUCAACAUUGCGAUAUUCAACGAAACAACACAAUCAGAAUACUGGUAGAAUUGAGUCUAUCGCUGAAGUAGAAGAAGCUGCAUCACACACUGCAGUCACGACGGAUGAAGAAGAUUCUCAAUUUGAAAUUCCUAAACCUUAUAUAGAUGAAAUCAUUUUGAAAUCAAGUCAAUUUAGUACAACACAAAACUCCCGUCUUAAUUUAAAACGUUUUUAUGCAGAAUGGAAGAGUAAUCUAGAAAAUUGCAAAAAUUGGUCUGAAAUUUGGACUGCUCCCGCCCCUUUUGAUCCUCAUAAAUUUCCUUGCGAUAUAAGAAUGGGGUCUGAGAUGAAUCUGGUGCCUAAGCCAGGUAAAUAUGAUAACAUGGAACUAAUGAAAGCAAAUUUUCUUCAUUUAACGCCCCCAGCUAUUAAAAACAUUGUGAAGAGAUUGAAAAAAUUCUGUACCGAAUGGCCUAAAGAAUUAAAAACGGACGAAGAUUGUGAAAGAGAAUUUCCAGUCGAAAUUCGUACGAUUGAUUAUGUACGUUCUGGCCAAUCGCAGCGUAAUCCUGCCGCUAGAAAAGUGAAAUUGAGGAUUCGUUUGUGUAAUCUAGUUUUGGAUCAGCAUGCAAGAUUGAAACUUCAAAAACUUGCAGGUCCAAGAUACAACAAGAAUACAGAUAUCUUAUCAAUUAAAUCAAUCAGAUGUCCAGUGAGGAAACAAAAUCGAGAAUAUCUUGAUUAUCUUCUUACUGUUUUGUAUUAUGAAUCUUGGAAAAUUGAAAAAUGGGAAACUAGAGAAAAUAUUAAUGAUGAGGAUGGUAUUUACUGGUGGAAAGAUUCAAAUUCAUACAAUAAUCUACUUCGUGUAUUAAAAUCUCACCCUGACUACAAAUCCCUAUUUGACGAUACUGAUUCUAAGGAACAAGCCAGUAAAAUAGAAGAUAAUGAAAAAGUUAAAAAUUAUAGAGAUGCUGUUGUGGGAUUGAAAAUUCCUGAACCAAUUAUGACACAAAAUGAUCAUAAAAGAAAAAUUGUAGAAUACAAAGAAGCCGUGAGAACAAUGUUAAAUCUUCCGCAGUUGUGUUGAUGAAGACAUUUUUUCUGUUUCAUAUUUUGCCACAAUAUGGAAUAGUAUAUUAUGUUCAGAAUAUGAAAUUAUGAUGCAUUUGCAUUCAGUAGAUUAUAUUGUCUUUUUUCAAAUUGUUGGCUUUUAUCUAAAUUUGUCCCCAUUCAGUGAAAGUAACAUUAUUUGUAUCCCAUUUCUCAUUGCCAAAUUUAGCAUCGAUAAAAAAUGAUUCAAUAAAGAUUCAACGUCAUGAACUGACAAUCUAACUUCUCUAAAAUACUAGCAUAAAUAUAGCAUAAUGAAAGCAGCAUGUGUGUGGCAUUUUAAAAUACUUCAGUGGUAAUUUGCUAUAUUUUCCGAUAAUUCCAAUUCUUAUAUAUUUGGAUAAGAAGUCAAAGGUAUUUGUCAUUUACAGCUCUUAUUUUGAACCUUAACUUGUUUAGCUUCCUCAUUUUGCUACUAACAAUUUGACAAUCAUUUCCACCACCCUGAAACCGAGUAUGUGGCUUAAUAGGGACUUAUUCUCCGGGUAUGUGGCUUAAUAGGGACCUAUUCUGAGCCAUGUCAUGAAAACAAAAUUUUUGAAAUUAGCAUACGUUAGGGUUAACAACUUAAAAAGACAAUUGUCUUACUUAGACUUUCGUCUUGUUUAUUUUGUCUUAUUUAUUUUCAGA